GUGAGAGGAGGAGGGUGCGCGUACACAUACCUCGCCGUGUUUCUGUCGUGUGCCUACUUUUGGUGACUGCUGACCACUGGGGAGGCUCAGCACGCCCCCCAUGACCACAGGGGCGACCCGGGUGCUGAGGGAACGCGGCAGAGCGCCACAGCCCCCCCUCGUCCUGAUUUAGCCCUUGACUCCUUGAAAUCCGGUGUUGUACGAAUCAGCUCCCAGUCGCAAAAUAGCUCGCAGAGAGAAAUUGGACUUGCUUAUUUUUCUACAUUUCACUCACUGCUGCCGUAACCUGUCUAGCUCGGGCUCCAGUGUACGACAGAAACAUCAGAGCAACACUUCUGAUCCAUGGAAGGCAGCACUAUAACCAACGCAGAGGGCAGAUCAGAAAGAGUAUUGAAACUGAACUAACUUAUUUUUCCAUAUUUCACUCACUGCUGCCGUUUACUUUAGGUGUAUCAGCUCUAGUACACGGCAGAAACAUCAGAGCAACACCCUUGAUCAACACAAGGCAACACCCGGGCAUUAUAACCAACGAACAGGGCAGAUUAUAGAAAGAAUAUAUCCUCAAGUUGAUAUUCACUCCGUUCCUGUUUGAUUCUUCUGCCUUCCUGGCGUGUUGUUAUCUUGGUCGCUUAACCCCAACGCAUGCCACAGAGUUUACAGAACCACCUGCGGCCAAUAGCAACCAUUCUAAAGAUCACAAGUGGAUAGACUAGAACACCAGAGCGACAUAUAUCUGCGGGGAGCUAAUGAAUACAACACCGGAGUUCCACGAAUGUUGUUUUAGGAUGACCACUUUUUAAUUGCGGCCAGUAACAACCAUUUUAAAGAUCACAAGUGGACAGAGUAGGAUACCAGAGCGACAUAUUUAUGCGAGGAGCUAUUAACUACAACAUCGGAGUCCCACGAAGGUUGUUUUAGGAUGAUAUGAAAUUAAACUGUGAGCCACUUGCCGUCAAUAUCAACCAUUAUAAAGAUCACAAGUGGACAAACUAUAUAGGACACCAGAGCAAUAUAUAGAGUUAAUUACUACAACACCGGAGUCCCACUAAGGUUGAGGAUGAAACGAAACUGAACUGUGAACUGUGAACUGCUGUGUGUGUGCCCCCCAGGAAGCAGCUGCCCAUGUGAUGCACCCCGCGCUAUGAGAGUGAAGCAGCGGUCAAGAUGAUGAGCUUGGACAUGGUUGCAGGUGUCAAGUCACUAAGGUGGGUUCAGUGGCUGCCGCGAUGAUGUUUGAAGUUCCGUCUUGCUGUGCUGCCAACAUGCUGACGUGUCCCAACUGCCACCACGUGCUGGCGGCGCGCCCCUGCUGCAGCAUCACCCUCCAGUGCCCCGCGUCUGCCCCGCCCAUCACAACCAUGGCCCCGCCUGCAGCAGCGGCGCCACUCAUGGGCUCUUCCCUGGGCGCCGCGCCCCUCCACCUCUCCACAGCCUCUGCCUCCACACAGCAGCAGCAGCAGCAACAACAGCAGCAGCAGCAGCAGCAGCAGCAGCAGCAGCAGGCACCCCUGGCCACCCCGCACGUCAGCGGCCACAUGUUCCACUUCCCCACGCUGCACAUCCCCGCCCUGAUGGGCUGCCACAGUCCGUGCCACAUGGCGUGUCAGGGCGGAGUGUCGCCCCAGUGUGUGGCGCCUUGCCGCAGCCCUGCCGUGUGUGGCGGCGGCUGGCGGUGGCCAGAUAGUGGCGGCCACGGCCCGGACAACAGCCUGGCCUCACGCAUGCACACGUCAGGCGGCGGCAUAGUUGAUGGCGGCGGCCUGGCCAAGGCGGGCGUGGGCGUGGGCGUUAGGGAGGACGCCGUGCUGGCGGCCACGCGGCGGGCCCUGCUGCGCAGCGGAUGGUACUGGGAGCGGGUCAGCUGGCGGGAGGCCGAGGCGCUGCUGGCGGGCACCAGCCUCGGCACCUUCAUCGUGCGGGACUCCGCCGACGUGCGCUUCCUGUUCUCGCUGAGCGUGCAGACGGAGCGCGGCCCCACCAGCGUCAGGAUCCAGUACUCGGGCGGUAAGUUCCGCUUGGACUGCGAGGCGCACAUGACGCAGAGCAUCCCCGAGUUCCCGCACGUGAUCCGCCUGGUGGAGCACUACAUCAGGAUCAACCGGAAGCUGCAGCGCCACGUGUGGGUGGACACGCGCGGCCAGAUCUACUCUCCCAUCACCAUCCGGCAGCCGCUGAAGCGCUGCGUGCCCAGCCUGAAGCACCUGUCCCGCCUGGCUGUCAACCAGGCCUUCCACCGGCCCGCCGCCACGCUGCGGCUGCCCGCCCCGCUCGCCGCCUACAUCGACGAGUACCCCUUCUGGUGCUAGCAACACUCCCAGCCUCCCUAGCAACUACUGAAGCUACAACAUACAGACAUAGACAUUAUUUUUCAUGCAUAUGCAUGUGCGUAUGUACAUAGUAGAUCAUUGUUUAUAUUUAUUAUAUAAAUGACUUUAGGUCCGUGUACAUAACCUCAAUUUCACGUGUAAGAUAUGUAUGUUUUUCUACAUGAAGUCACAUCUAUGGCGUUCUCGUCCUGUCCUGCAUCACACGAAGGAGCCUGGCGAGGAGGGCGGCCGCGGCCCGUCAGGAGGCACACACACUCCCCGCGCCGCGCCACCCCCUGGAAGGAAAGGAAAAACCUCAGUCGCCGGACACCCGGCUGCUGCCUCGCCGGGGAACUUGUCCGCGAGGCCUCAGUGUGUUGAGAGUUGCAUUGUUGAUUUGUUUCAUCUUACUUAAUAGAUUCAUUUGUCUUCAGUUAAGUUUCUUAUGAAACAUUGUCAUUUUUUUUUUUUUUUUACCAAGUGAGCACCUCGACGCUAGUGUGCGCGUGAGCAUGCACUCAAGCUGGCGACACACGGGACCAUUUUUUAAGCUGCGUGUCGGGCGCCGAGCUUGUGCUGGCGGGCAGGGGAGCGUUGGCGCCUCGCUCGAGGACCAGCGGCGCGGCAGGCGUCGAGUCUCACCAGCGCGGCGCGGCGCCUGGCCCUGCAAACACGCCAACCACGACUAGCCACACUCCUGGCCGUCGCCUCCCCCGGCUGUAGAUUACUUGAUGUGCGACAGCGUUUAGCAGUUCUACACAUCGUUGAGCGGACCACUGGGAAGGUCCUUCGCUGCCCACCCCGGGAGGUGCCGUCCGGCCAGGUGUGGAGCAUGAACGACUCGCGGGGGCGAUCAGCUGGCCAGCCAGUACCCGGCGCCCGGUGAGCAUCUUGAAAAAAAAAGCCCAGUGUGACGCCAGAUUCACACACACACACACACACACACACACACACACAAAGAAAAAGAAAUAUCUUGACAAAUCCAUUUACAUGUGUGUGUGUGUGUGUGUGUGUGUGUGUGUGUGUGUGUGUGUGUGUGUGUGUCACUAAAGGAAACUGUUUAGUAUCUGCAUAUCAUACAUGAACAUAGUUGACAUAAUGUGUGAGAAUCGACCUAAAUGAUUCAUGACCAGACCAAGCAAGUCCAAUUUACCUUUUUGUUUUCAUUAGAGGGGACACAUGAGGAAAGUCUACACGUCCACAAACACCAAUUAAUGCCAGAUUUUUUAAACGUGGUAUUAGCAUUGUUAACAGUUACGUGGCUGGUUUGGCUCCUUAAUUCCAUAUUUGAAGAUGAGUUAGUGUGUUGGAUUUCACAGAGUUAAGUCGACAUAUUACCGUCUCACUCGUCAAAGGUGAUAUAAAAAGAAAUCAAGAAAAAGAACUAACAAAGCCUCGAGAAAACUGUUGAAGAGACAAAUUAGCCACAUUGUUAUUGAUAUUAAAAGAAAUCAAGAAAAACAACUAACAAAGCCUCGAGAAAACUGUUGAAGAGACAAAUUAGCCACAUUGUUAUUGAUAUUAAAAGAAAUCAAGAAAAACAACUGACAAAGCCUUGAGAAAACUGUUGAAGAGACAAAUUAGCCACAUUGUUAUUGAUAUUAAAAGAAAUCAAGAAAAACAACUAACAAAGCCUCGAGAAAACUGUUGAAGAGACAAAUUAGCCACAUUGUUAUUGAUGAAAACUGAUACACCGUUUAAAAAGCUACGACAUAAUUAGAGUCGGAGCUGCACGACAAACAUCAUCCAUGAAAGAGUUUUACGGCUGCUCGGAAUCAUGAUCCAGCGGGGGUUGAGGACAAGCAUACCAAUAACUGCAGGUGGCGUGCGUUCUUGCGAUACUGAAUCAAAAUUUUGCCUUUUCUCUAUCAAUGGGAAUGAGUUACUGCGGUUGAGGUAAUUGUUUUAGAGCUAGACAAGGAGUGGAUGUAAGGGAGAGGAGUUGGUCUGGUUUCAUUCUUGUCAGCUGGUCUACCUCACAGAGUUCUUGAAUAUUUGGGAGACUUCAUAGAUUGUCCUGGAGAAAGAUGAGAAGUGGAGUAGCAAGGAAACUGAAAAAGGGAGAGUAGGCAAGCAAGACAUAGGGAUGAAGAGAUGCAUUAAGUAGCAAGACAUGAAGGAAGGAUAAACUAAAAGAAAACUAAGAAAAGGGAGAGAAGGCAAGCAAGACAUAGGGAGAAAGAGAGGCAUAAAGUAGCCAAACAUGAAUGAAAGGAGAACCAUAAGGAAACUAAAAAGAGGAGGAACGAGAUGAUUGGAGGAGGAAAGGAUUGAAGAAUGAAGAAUAUGGACAUCAUAUAAUAGGAAUGGAAGAGGUGGAGACUGAUUAAAAGGAAGGGAAGCAGGGAAUAAUGAAAAUGAAGAAGAGGAGACGAUAGAUAUAUGGAAGGGAAGAAAGAAAUUGAAAGGGUAGAAUACUGGAGCAAGGGAAAGAAAGAGAGGAAAUAUAGGGAAGAAUGGAAAGGAAUGAAGAAGUGGAGAAUAAGGAAAACAAUUGAAGGGAAAAAGGAAACUGAAUGAUGAAAAUGAAGAAGAGGAGACGGUGGAUAUAUGGAAGGAAAGAAAGAAAUUGAAAGGGUAGAAUACUGAAGCAAGGGAAAGAAAGGGAAUGUAGGGAAGGAUGGAAAGGAAUGAAGGGAAUAAGGAAAACAAGGGAAUGGAAAGGAGCAGGAAAUAAUGAAAAUGAAGGGGAAAUGGUGGAUAUAUGGAAGGGAAGAAAGAAACUGAAAGGGUAGACUAUUGAAACGAGGAAAAGAAAGCAAAUGAGGGGAAGGAUGGAAAGGAAUGAAGAAGAGAAUAAGGAAAACCAGGGAAGGAAGAGGGGAGCAGGAAAUAAUGAAAGUGAAGAAGGGAAGGUGGGAGAUAUUUUGAGGAGUAGAAUACUAAAACAAAGGAAAGAGAGGAACUGUAGGGAAGGAUGGAAAGGAAUGAAGUGGAGAAUAAGGAAAACAGGGGAAUGGAAGGGGGAACAGGAAAUAAUGAAAAUAAAGAAGAGGAGACAGGGGAUAUUUUAAAGGAUAGAAAGAAAUUAGAAAAGGGUAGAAUACUAAAACAAGAGAAGGGGAGAAAGAGGAAAACAGUAGAAUGGAAAGGGAGGACAACUGGAGAGAAUUAAAAUAGAGUGGUAUCAUGGUUACAAAGACACUAUAAGUUUGUCAAAGGUAUAUAUCAACCCAGUAGCAGCAGGGAUCAAGUUUCCUAAUGGUCCCUCUAAGCGAGAAAAAUGAGAAAAAAUUAUCACUCACAAUCCAUUUCAUAAUAUAUGUCAAAGCAUUUGUGAUCAGUUUAUGUAUCAUCUAUUUUGGGGGUUUAUAUCAUGGCACAAAUUUGGCCCGUCGCUGCUACACGGUAAAGCCACUAAUUUGGCUCGUCGCUGCUACCGGGUUAAUCAUUGAACGCAUUGUAUAUGAUUCUAAGGGAGUACAAAUGAGAUGGAGGAGUGCUAAAGAGGAGCAAUACCAUAACUACAAUGACGUAGACACGCUAACAGAAGACAGGCGGUACAUACAUCCGCUUUCAUUAAUGUUUCUAUUCAUCAGUGGACUCUUUACGGACGGUUCUCGAGCAAGACAAGGGUUGGAGCUGUGAGGGGGAGGGAUACAAUUGCGAUAGAUGAGAGUUUUGUGAACCUCCCUAGAGUUUAUGUUAACCUGAAGACUUUGAAGAUGGUAUUGUAGGUAAAGGAGGGGAUCAAAGGGAGAGUGAUAUGGUUUUAAUGGCAAGUUUAUGAUCAGUCAAUUUAGUUAGCUUUCCCAGAAACUUUGUCUUAAUCCGAGAACUUUGGAGGUGGUCGUGGAGGGGUGAAUCUGUGAGGGUGUGGUUUCUGUAAUGGCAAGUUAGUGAUAGGUGAGUUUUGUGAGCCUUUCCAAAGUAUAGAAAGUAGUGUAAAAAGUACAAAAAGGGAAAAAUAAGGGGAAGAUGACCAUGAAAAGUGAGUUGAAAUGAGGAUUAAGGCUACUAACAGAAGAGAUAUUGUGUUGAUAUUUAGAGGGGACGGUGAAGAAGUAGAAUGUAGAGAACGGAAAAGAAAGGGAUGUAGGACCAAGCAAAAUUAGUUGAGUUGAGGACUGGAGAUCAAGGGAAGGGAUGAAAGCUACUAAAAAAUAUUGUGUUAGUAUUUAGAAGGGAUGGUGAAGAAGUAGAAUGUAAAGAAGGGAAAUAAAGGGAUGUUGGACCAUGCAAAAUUAACUGAGUUGAAGUCUGGAGUUAAGACAAGGGAUUAAGGCUACCAAGAGGAGAGAUGUGUAUUGUGUUAGUGUUUAGAGGGGACGGUGAAGCAGAAAGUAAAGAAGAGAAAAAAAAGGGAUAUAGGACCAUGCAGAAUUAGUUGAGUUGAGGACUGGAGAUCAAGGGAAGGGAUGAAGGCUAAGAGAUAAUGUGUUAGUAUUUAGAAGGGACGGUGAAGAAGUAGAAUGUAGAGAAGGGAAAUAAAGGGAUGUAGGACCAUCCAAAAUUAAUUGAGCUGAAGUCUGUUGUUAAGACAAGGGAUUAAGGCUGCCAAGAGGAAAGAUAUUGUGUUAGUGUUUAGAGGGAACGGUGAAGCAGAAAGUAAAGAA